AUGCGGCUCACUGCAACCCUAGCCGCUAGCAAGCGGAACUUCACUCUCUUGGCAAAUGGCGGAUCAAAACUUGUUUGGAAGGCUUAUGCGAUUGCAUUGCAAGCCCAUAUGACUACUCAAGAUGACCUGGACAACUCUACCAAAGCAAUUUUCGUCGCCUCUCCGGGCCUCUUUGACAUUCCUGCAGGAGAGUUUGCUCCUCAACAGAUCACGAACGAUCAAAUAUUCCGCCGAACCGACUGUUUGCAACAUACCGGAUCUCCGUUCUACACAUCCGAUGGAGAAAGCUACUUCGAUUCCCGUCGCAAGUAUCUUCAAGCUGUUCACGACGAUGCCAUGACUUCAUCCGAUGUUAGCGGUUCAAUCUCAAAGCUCCGCUCCGAAGUUGAGCAGGCGCAGGACAGAAGUGCACAGGCAUAUCUGCGGGACCUUGGUCUAUACCAGAAGUUUGCAGCUGUGGCCGGAUCUGAGCUUACCAACUUUGAAGCGUGGGAUGAGAAGUUUGGCAUUUAUUAUGCAUGGGCCAAGAGCGAGCAGAGACGGCUCGAAUCGGAAUGCGCCCUUGCCGCCACUAAAACAUCAAGCAGUGUUGGAUUAGUCUUGGCUGCUUUUGAUCUGGCACGGGAUACCUCAACGCUCAGACUUGGGAGCAACAUGCCAUGCUCUAAUAUGGACAUCCCAUCUGCCAUAGGACGGGCACAGACUCCUCUAGUGGUUCCUACUGACCAGGUCUAUUAUCGACCACUCUACUCAAUCAACGGCAUCGACCGGAGAGUUGAUUCCUGGGUUGGUGCCCAAGACGGCGGCCGUGAAGAGGUUGAGUUAGAACUCGAUCUUGCCAAUGCUAAGACGGCUUCUUGGGCAAGCCUUGGGUUCCCCAACCUCGAUCAUGAUCCUCUCUACGACACCAAAGUGGUUGAUGCUACCAACUCGGACGUAACACUCUCACUCAAGGCUGGAGGCAUGCAAGCGUUUGAUGUAGAUCGGGGUUUUUGGGACGUUAGCGCCGCUGCUCGAUCUCAGCUGGGCUCGGCUGUAGGUAAUGAAGGAAGUUCCGGUAAACUCAUGAAGAUCACCAGAAUCUUGUUGGGAUAUAAAGUGGAGAUACGAAUGGCAUGUGCGGGCGGCAAGAAGAGUCAGCUGUCUGACGCUUUGGUCGGCUCGGGUAAAGAGAAGAUAUUGGGAAUGGCAACUGACAGGUGUACCGUGCAUAGCGAUGAUGGGCAGAUCGUCGUUGCUAGUGCCCCUAGUGGCUUUCCGACCGUGUUGGCAGUCCUGGGACGUGAGAUUUGA